AUGGCUUCUCUACUGAUGGCAGCAUGUGCCAAAGGACAAAGAUGGGCACUCCCAAAUGCAACUGUCAUGAUUCAUCAACCUUCAGGAGGAUACAGUGGACAAACCAAUGAUAUGACUAUCCAUACAAAACAGAUUGUUCGUGUUUGGAAUGCUUUGAAUCAGCUUUACAUGAAACACACGGAUCAGUCUAUCGACGUGGUUGAGAAGAACAUGGAUAUGGAUCAUUUCAUGACUUCUGAAGAGGCUAAAGCUUUUGGUAUAAUCGAUGAAGUGAUUGAUGAGAGAACAUUGGAGUUGGUGAAAGAUGAUGUUGCAAUGAAAGCAAAGAUAAAAGUUCGAGUUAAGAAAAGAGAAGAGAAACUGAUCCUUGUUUACUUUUCGUCAUAUCAAAUCCUCUCUUAA